AUGUUUCAAUCCGUGUUAUUUUUUGCACUGUUUCAAAUCUACACAAAUGGUGAAAAAUUCGACCCGAAAAAAGUGAAUUACUGUAAGUUAUUUUGCGGCAAAAGCCCAAGCAGCGGCUGCGACUGCAAACAGCGAGGAAGUCGAACUGAAGUUUUAGAAAAAUUUGUGGAAUUUCGACAGUUGUGCAUCGAUGAACACAAUCAUUGGCGAAAUUACUUCGCUUCUGGCGACGAGAGGAGAAGCUACAACAGAGAAGUGGCCGAUAUGAUGGUGAUGAAUUAUAAUCUGGAGCUUGAAUUUUUGGCGAGGUGUUACGGACGGAGUUUUUUUUCCGGUACGCACGAUAAUUGCAGAAAAAUGCACAAUGGGGUGCGAGCAGCCCAGAAUAUCGCUGGACUCAGUAUUAAAGACUUUUCGUUUAAGCGAGUAAAAACACAGAUCAAACACUGGUACGACGGAGUUGGCGAAAUGAACUGGAAACUUUAUGACGAAUACCGCACUUCAGACAUAAAAGUUGAACAUUUUGCGACGUUCAUAUCUGGGGCCGCUAACAUACUGGGAUGUGCUCGAAUAUACGCGUCAAAUACGAAAAAAGACGGUUUUUUGGAUCCGGAUUUUGUGCAAACUUUGAUUUGCAACUAUGCAGCUAAAGAUAUCGAAGGAAAUAUUAGUUUACCAGGAUAUCCGAUUAAUACAAAAGGGAAAGCUUGUUCGAAAUGUCCCAAGAAGUUUCCGUGUCAUAAGAAAAACGAAUACAAGUAUUUGUGUGGAAAACUUGAACCGAUUCCGAAAGACCCACCCUACGAUUUUGAGCCGAAAAAAAAAGAUCGGAAGAAGAAACGUAAUAACUCGGGAAUUUUAAAAAACAAUUCGGUUUUAAUCAUUUUAUUCUUGCUGUGUCUCUUCUACAAACCGUAAUAAAUGCAGUAAUCAGAAAAACUAUUCAAAUUCACUUACUUCAAGAAAUUUUGCACAAAA